CGAAGGCGGGAAGCCAUCUCUGUUAGUUGCUGAACCAGAUUUGGUCAAGUUGAUUCUUGUCAAAGAUUUUCAAGCCCUGCCGAAUAGGAAACCAAUUAAGCUAUUCGAUCCACUGUUGGACAACAUGAUGAACAUUGCCCCAGUGGAGAAAUGGAGAAAAAUUCGCCCAUCUGCUAGCCCAGCGUUUUCGACUGGAAAGCUUCGGAAGAUGAACGCUCUGAUUGAAGACUGUGCCAAGGUGACAGCUGAGCAUCUCAAGAAAGCAGCAAAAAACAAUGAAGACGUCGAUAUCAAACAGUUUUAUGGCCAUUACUCGCUGGAUGUGAUUGCGAGGUGUGCAUUCGGAACAAGGUUGGAUUCUCACACGGACGUGACAAAUGAAUUUGUUACAAGAGCCAGGAAAGCUUUUUCCGGUGUUAUAACAUUGCCGAUGAUACUUUUGGUUUUGUUUCCGGCUUUAUUCAAUUGGCUCAAGAUCAAACCGAUCAACUCGGAUACAUUCGUUUACUUCAAGAACGUAUGUCAGAACAUCAUCAAGAACCGGCAACAGGAGAGUAAUCGACAAGAGGACUUUUUGCAGCUCAUGAUGGACGCACAACAAAAUGGAAUUGCGACGGCAGCUGCAGAGAAUGUUCAGGAAACCAAUACCCAGCUUUUCAAUCUCGAUUCAGAGGUCAAACAAGACAGUUCCUUCUCAGCGAAAGCUCUAACGGAAGAUGAAGCAAUGGCGCAGUGCGUUUUGUUUUUCCUCGCUGGCCAGGAGACAACAUCUUCUGUCAUUGCGCAUGCCAUGUACAUGCUUGCCCUGAAUCCUGAAAUUCAAGCUAAACUUAGAGAAGAAGCGGAUGCGUGUUUUGCUGCACAUGGAAAAGAGCCUCCUUUGGAUGUGAUCUCAAAGCUUCCAUAUCUUCACGGAGUUGUAUCCGAAGCCCUACGAAUGUUCCCUCCUGCGGCAAGACUCGAGCGUUCUGCCAUCGAAGACUAUGUUCUCGGUGACACAAAAAUCAAAAUUCCGAAAGGAUGUGUGAUUGCGGUUCCUGUUUUUGCCAUGCAUUACGACCCAGAGUACUUCCCUGAUCCCCACGCAUUUGUGCCAGAAAGAUUCAGCGCCGAGAACGUGACUUCCAUUCGUCCUUACACCUACCUUCCAUUUGGGGCGGGACCCCGAAAUUGCAUUGGAAUGAGAUUCGCUCUGCAGGCAGUCAAGCUCUGCCUCCUGCAUUCCGUUCACAGUGUUGAGUUUGUCCGCACCGAGAAAACAAAAGUACCCCUGGAGUUCUCCAAGGGAUUUGGAAUUCUCAGCGCCAAGGACGUCACCGUCGGGAUACGAGAGCGACCACAGUGACGAUCUUCCUUGAUCACCUAUUAAUAAAUCUGUAAUGAUAAUGCAAUCAGUGAAGCGCGACCGAAUAUAUCUCAAAACGUAAGCUGUCGACGAGUGUGCACCCUUCCCUCCCUUUUUUCCCCCCAUAUCACAAUGGAACUCUCGUGCGCUUAUAGUGUUGUCACUUUAAUUGUUACCGUUCUUAAACAUGUGCCUAGGUGCAGCACUUCAUAGAGAGCAAAAGGGUAGUGCUGCCUCAGCGUUUGACGAACACUCGUGUUCAGUCAGCAACAACACGAGCCUAAGCCGGGUCUGAUGCAACCCUUCAUUCUGUAACAGUUCUGGCAGUGCUGCUUACCCACCACGCCUAUGAUAAAGUUAGCUUCUAAAGUUGAACUGCGCACAUGCACACUGGUGUAAAAUCCCGGUUGUGACUUCUGAGGCCUUCAGCAUACGAUGGAUGGCAAGAUUUCGUGUGGUUGAAUGCAUUGUAGUGUGACUUUAUUUAUUGAUACCGUUUGAUAGGGCGAAUAGUACGGGUUGGUUGUAAUGGGUUUCUCAUGACGGUGUAGUCUCGUAUAUUGAUAUACGUUAAGCAUUGCGUCCGGUUGUAAUACAUUGUUCAAUAAAUAAUUGCAUUUUCACAGUGUA